UUCUUUGUUAGGUACAAAUAGCCCAGGCAUUGCAGACGUGUAGUAUCCCUGACCCCACCCACCAGGACUAUCAAACAUUCUCCACAUUUCCAAACAACUCCUGGGACCCUGGUUGAGGAUCAUAGGAGAUCACUAGGCUGAAGCAUUGCUCAGUCUACUGUGGAUCUAACAUUGUUGCUUCUGGACGAAAGCAUUUGAUAAGUUUCAAAUGAGAGACAUGGACAUCAUGACUACUGUGUUUACAAGAGCAGACUCCUAGAGGCCCGGGUGAUCAUGAAGGAGGGACUUGGAGCCCAACUUUCAAAAAAGAAGAUCACCCUAACCGCCCAUCAUGGUUGCUGCAAAGGCUAUGCCCGAUAAGGCAGAAUGUCCUGUAUUAGAGAUCACCAAGCAAGAUUUUUUGCAAGAAGCGAAAACUCUCAUUGCCCAACAUUAUGAGAAAAUAAAUGAGAAUAAAGUUCAAGGUACUUCUAUAAAUGUUUUUAAAAAUAAACAUCAAAAACCAAAAUCUGGCAAAUUCAUACCUUUGGAGAUUAAAGAAAAGGAAACACUUGAUGUGGUCCAAGAAUUUCGGACAGCACACAAACGUAUUUGUUUUCCCAAACAUCUGUUCAAAAGUGAACAUUUUAAGGAGCCCUCUCAACAAACUUCUUUCAAGGAGCCAUUCAUUUUUAGUGUAAAGGAAAAAUUCAAGGACUCUAUGGAUCUGAUUGUGAAAGGUAAGUUUUUGGUGUAGCAAAGAAGUUCAUUAAACCAACAGGCAAAACUGCUUCUGGUGUGCUUUUAAUGGAAUUUCCUUGUUGAAACAAAAGCCCACACUU